AUGCGUGAAGAGUCUGACACGAAUCUGGAUUCCGUGAAAUCAAAGAAAUCUGCCAAGCAUGCUGCUCGUCGAGCCUGUGAAAGCUGCCGUGCGCUCAAAAUCCGUUGUCAACCGGCUCCAGAGGGCAGCACGGCUGCUUUGCAGGGCCAAUGCCAACACUGUGUUGAUAUUUCACGGGUCUGCGUCUUCAAAGAACCCAGCCGGACCAGGGCCAAGAGGACAGAUGUAAGGGUGAGAGAGCUCGAGAGAGAAGUCAGGGCCUUGAGUGACCUCUUGAGAACCGAUGAGUUGCCGAAACUGCCACGGGACCAUGGAGUCAAAACUGCAGACCAUGUGGAGCCGAGGAGUAUCCUGAACAAAGCUGAAGCGGAAUCGGCGAAAAAUCAGAAGAAGAGGAAGAUGGUUGAUGAGCAGCUGGAUGCCAACUUGCAUCAACCGGAACGCCAAAACUGGGGAACGGCCUCACCUGCGCUUUGCCCUUCAAGUUCCAGAGAUGUUAUCGAUAUUGGCAUUUAA